AUGGUAACGACUAAGCCACUUUGGGCGACUGAGUCGGUUGGAACAUUUCAUUUUCAGGAUCGCCAUGCAACUAGCCACUGAACACCAAAGAUUGACUCCCGGCAGGAUUACGAGCCUAUAUCUCUACAAGAGGACAGUGGCAAGACCAUAAUGAAGUUUAAACGAAAGUUUGAAACUUGCGAUUCUGAAGACAUCAGAGUCGCGGGAGGAACAACAAAACUCAUCUAUGCAUUUCAUACAGACGAUCCUAACUCUGAGGAUGAUAUUCCAAUGCACGACAUCAAUAGGAUGGGAGCCAGAAGUGUUUUUCUACUUAAUACUUUUGAGAAUGUACCCGAACUACCUGUUGAUGCAGAGUCCUUCGAUUUCAAGAUGAACAAGACAGCUGUACCGGUAAAUCGCACAACGUACAUGUAUCGGGUGUUUGAGUUUCCGGACCUCUCAGGAAGACAUGACAUCGUUCAGAUCGAUCCCAUUGUUCAAGCAGGAAACGAGGGGGUUGUACACCACAUGAUACUGUACGAGUGCGGAGAUAAUUUUCCACAGAUUCACGUCGACUUUGAGGGAACAAUCAAUUCUCCAGACAUGCCUCCCCCAGUGCUAUAAUGUAUUGGACUCUCGAUAAUAACAGCCUGGGCGAUUGGAGGUCAGUCAUUUUAUUAUCCCGAACAUGUGGGACUCUCCUUCGAAGGUCAUCCGAAAUUUGCAGUUAUGGAAAUGCAUUACGAUAAUCCUGAAAAUAAAGCAGGCAUUAUAGACAGCUCUGGUCUACGAUUUCAUUACACAAGUCAACUCAGACAGUACCAAGCUGGUAUUUUGUCUGUUGGGUGGGCUGUAGACCCAUUAAUGAUAAUACCACCCGACCAAGCAAACUGGACGACGGAGGGUUAUUGCAUCAAAGAAUGCACAGAAGAGGGUUUGCAAGGAUCACCUUUGCAGAGCGGAGCAAUCCGAAUAUUUGCAUCCAUAGUCCAUAUGCAUUAAGCCGGUCGCGCCAUAUACACCAGACAUGUCAGGAAUGGUGUCGAACUUCCAGAGAUUAUCAGAGACGACAACUACGAUUUCAACUUUCAGGAAGUUCAGGUUCCAAGACAGGAGGUGACAGUUUUGCCGGGAGACUCGCUGAUAACAGUCUGCAAGUAUCAAACAGAAAAUAAACAAAAAUUGGGUGGUCCGGCUACAGAUGAUGAAAUGUGCCUAUGGUUCCAUUAUUACUACCCAAAAGCAAAUUUAACCCAGUGCUGGUCUAGCCAGAAGCCAGCUGUCGAUAAGUUCUACAGUAACCACGGUGGGUGA